AUGGAAGGUAUUCCGGAAAAGAGUCAUCUAAUUCAUUGGUUAUACUGGAAUGGUACAGCAUGUAUCAAUGCUGUUUCAAUGGUAUUGAUUAAAUUUAUCACUCAUCAUGGAUUAUUGGAUGAUAUAUCAAUAAGUGUACAUUAUGCUAAUAUAACCAAACAAAAUUAUUUUCAACAAUUUUAUCGAUUUGAUGCAAUUUUUGUCGAAAUUUCAUCCAAUUCAAAUGUUGUGGACAUAGUAAAAUCAUUAGGAUAUGAUAUGGGACAAAUGAUACGAAUUGAAAGUAUCACUACUGGUAAAACAUUAUCAAUUCCAACCGGAAUGGAAUGUAGCAAUCGGAAACGACAAGUGAAUAUACGAUUUGGUAUUCAAAUUAAUACAGCAUGUCGUCUAAGAGUUACGACAUGUGCGCAAAUAUUGGCGCAAAUUCAACAUUUAUUAGAUGAAUGGAAUGAAGCUAUUGUCUACAGUCUACCGUAUGGUACAAAUGAAACAAUUGUUAUGCAAAAUGAUAGAUUAUCAUUAUCAGAAAUGGAAGAAAUGGACAAGAAUUGUAAAUUAACAACAGCUGCAUCAAUUCAAUUUGCAUAUUCACGUUUUGGAAAUGUUCAAUCAUAUUCACAUC